AUGGCGUCAGCUACAAUGGAAUGUGAUUUUUUUUCAAUAUUACCAAAUGAAGUUUUGUGUCUAAUAUUUUACCACAUACGUCCAUUUCAGCAAUUAUUAUCAGUCACUUCAGUUAUUUGCCGCCGUUGGCGUCAGAUUAUAUUUAAUGAACAAUUUACAAACGAAUAUUACAAAAUCAAGUAUCGUCAAUUAAACUUAAUUGGUUGGUGGAAUUUUAAUAAUUCAGAAUCAGUUGGAUAUGAUUCAAGUGGACUCAUUGGAAGAAAAUAUACAAUUAAUGGCACCCCUUGGAUAGAUCAAUGUUUUCUCGGUAAUUGUGCAGUAUUCGAUGGGCAUUCGUCAAUACAAGUACCGGUUAUGAAUUAUCAACAAUAUCAAAUUGAGUUUUAUUCAAUAUCACUAUGGGUGAACUUUGAUUCAAUAGAUUAUGUUGGGCGGAAUGUAUUUCUAGCUGCUUGGCAAGAUGAUUUGGAUAAAAACUGGAUACAUCUAGCUUGUCAAAGGAAUUACAUUCAAAGUCAAGUGAUGAUAUUUAACCUUUUUCGUUGUCAAUAUGAUUGUAUCGCACAUAAUGCACACAUCGACCAAGGAACUUGGUAUCAUAUUGUCGUCCGAGUCAGUCAUCAAAAACAAGAAUUAUGGAUAAAUGGAGAAUUGAGUGGAGUGAAAGAAAUGAUAAAUCCACGUGGAGGAACCGUCAUUUUUAGAUCGCCAAAUGAAGGAACAUGUUCACAACUAAAAAUGUCAAUGCCCAAUGUAUUAACGAUAGGUGCAAAAAAUAAAUUGUACGAAGAUUCUUGGUAUGGCGGACGUUUAGCUGAUAUUUCCAUCUGGAAUUGUUGGUUGGAAACGAAGGAAAUCCGCGCAAUCUCUCAACAAAAAUGUUCAGUUGGCCAAAUGAAAAUAGGAACUUAUUUAUUUUUAAAUCUAUGUAACACGUCAUUGAUGUCGUAA